AUAUGAGGAAGUUUGCAAAAAAGAAAGGAGGUCUUUGCCUUGCAACUGAGUAUAUUAAUAGACAGGAUCCUCUUGAAUGGCAGUGUAAAGAAGGCCAUAAGUGGAAGGCUUCAGUAAAGGUUAUUCUUAAGGGAACUUGGUGUCGAACUUGUAAUACACCAGGCAGAAAACGUGUUAUACCAAGCUAA